AGUCUCAAAUAGGUGGUACAACCUCUAAAUAGAAAAGUACAACAGUUGAAUCCUGAAUAAAGUUCUUCAUCUGAAAAAAAAAAAUCAACAGAAUCUCCAUUGUUGAAUACACCCUUUGAAAGAGAGCUCAAAAGGGUGUCAGAAAAAUGGUAAAAGAGGAGAUAUUGAUGGAAGAAGAAGAAGAAGGAGGAAAAUGUAAUCUUGAAGAGGAGGAAGAAGAAGAGGAGGAGGAGGAGCAGAAGAAGAACAGAAAAUGCAAGAAUGUGAUAGAGGAGAUAGCGGAGAAGUUGAAGAGUGCAGUGGAAGAGGUAGAGAAAAUUGAAGCAGCUAGGGAAAUUAGGAAAUUGGUGAGGAAAUCUUCCUUUUCCGGUAAGACUCGUUCAAGGUUUGCCGCCGCCGGCGUUAUUCCGCCGUUGGUUGAUAUGCUUCAGCCUUGUUCUUAUUCUCUACUUGCUCGUGAAGCUGCUUUAUUAGCUCUCCUUAAUCUUGCCUCUCGUAAUGAAAGAAACAAAAUAAGGAUCGUUGCAUCUGGUGCCAUCCCUCCUCUUGUGGAGCUCCUCAAGUUUCAAAAUGGCAAUUUGAAAGAACUAGCAGCUGCUGCUAUUUUGACAUUAUCAGCUGCUGCAGCCAAUAAACCAACAAUAGCUGCAUCAGGAGUUGGACCUCUUCUGGUGCAGAUCCUGAGUUCAGGAACUGUUCAAGGAAGGGUUGAUUCCGUCACAGCCCUCCACAAUCUCUCCACAAGCAAAGAAGAUCCCAAGUUGGUUCUUGAUGCUAGAGCGGUUUAUCCACUAAUGAAUCUCCUCAAAGACUGCAAGAAAUAUUCCAAGUUUGCCGAGAAAACCACAGCGCUACUGGAAAUUCUCUCUAAUUCUGAGGAGGGAAGAGAUGCAAUUACAAAUGCAGAUGGUGGAAUACUUACUCUAGUUGAAACUGUUGAGGAUGGGUCACUCAUCAGCACAGAACACACUGUUGGGGCUUUGCUGUCAUUGUGUCAAAGCAGCCGAGACAAGUACAGGGAACUCAUUCUCAAAGAAGGCGCCAUUCCAGGCCUUUUAAGGUUAACUGCAGAGGGCACACCUCUAGCUCAGGAAAGAGCUAGAACACUUUUGGACUUGCUUCGAGACUCUCCUCCUGAAAAUAGGUUCUCAUCCUCCACAUUGAAGAGAAUAGUAUACGACUUCGCUGCACAAGUUGAUGGAACAGAUAAAGCAGCUGACACAGCCAAGAGAUUGUUGCAAGACAUGGUUCACAGAAGUAUGGAGCUGAGCAUGAGUCGGUUACAGUUAAGGGCUUCAUCGUGUACCCCUUCAAAGGUGCAGUCUACAUGAAUUAUUAGGUAGUUUCAGGUUUUCACAUAGACCAGUAUACAGCUAAGAAAACAGCAGCUUUAUAUGUAAAUGAUGGACUAUAUUAGCUCUUCUUCCUCUGCCCGAUUUUAUGUGGAAAGACGCGGAGUUGCAAAGGCCAUAUGACCGGAAACUAGUAGCUACUACAUGCUGGUGGUAAAACCAGUGGUUCUGUCUAGGUGAUUUUCUUGACCUCAAUGAGCAUUGUACAUUUCUAAUUUAAUCACAUUUGUAAAGUUUGCAAGUAUUUGCACAUUGCCAAUUUUUCCAAUUUU